AUGUCUAAAGAUAAGAAUGACAGACAGUUACAAUUUAUAUGUUGGGUAGUAGUUGCGAUACCUGUAGUGUCUGCUGGCAUUGCCUGCCUUGCCAACCCUUGCUUGCACGGCAUUUGCAUCGAUGACAUUAAUAGCACAUAUGCCUGUUAUUGCAUCGACGGCUACACGGGGGUGCAAUGUCAAACGAAUUGGGACGAGUGUUGGUCGAGCCCUUGUCAGAACGGAGGUACAUGCAUAGACGAUGUCGCGAGUUACAACUGUUCCUGUCUCGAUGGAUUUAUAGGAGACAACUGCGAAACCAACUUCAACGAAUGUGAAUCUAACCCUUGCCUAAAUAAUGGUACAUGUAUCGAUAUGACCAACGAAUAUAUCUGUCACUGUAUACCUGGUUUUUCUGGUGAACAUUGUGAGCUGGACGUCGCUAUGUGCAACUCCACAGAAGAAGUAAGAUGUUACAACGGUGGCGAAUGUGUGGAAGGUCCAGGAUUUAAGUUUUAUUGCAAGUGUUUGGCAGGUUGGACGGGUACAAAAUGCAAUGAGCAGAUUGAUGAAUGUCAAUCAGAUCCUUGUAAAAAUGGUGGUAUAUGUAUUGAUGCACAUGCAGAUUAUAUGUGCGCAUGUGCUUACGGUUAUACCGGAAAAGAUUGUGAAGUCCAAAUAGAGUUUUGCGACGAGGAGUCAUGUAGCAAUAACGCCUUAUGCGUAGUUGAAGAUGGUGUCAGGAUAUGCUACUGCGUCCCUGAUUAUCACGGAGAAAGAUGUGAGCUGCAAUACGAUGAAUGUCUCUUGGGACCUAGAUGUAUGAAUGGUGGAACUUGCAUUGACGGCGUUGACAAUUUCACAUGCUCCUGUCCGCCAAAACUUACUGGAGCUUUAUGCGAAUGUCUCAUUCUCGACGAUGAUAGCUACGACUGCGAAUAUGUGAGCCCCACUUUACAGCCAGAAUAUAAUAGAACUACUAAGUUUAUGACAUUAUAUACGGAUUCUACCACCGUAGGCAGUAUUACGACCACUGACUAUACUAAAAACAACACGAGCACUAGUACCAGCGUUGUGACAAUCCCUAAAAGUUCUACUUUGAUUACUUCUAGUGAAACAUCUACUGUAAUUACAUCUGUACCCAUUACAGCAGAAACAAUUUCUACGGAAAUUAGUACUAUAACAAAUAUGUCUAAAACUGACGAAACAGAUAUAAUUACAACAACAACAGGCAUUCCUACGGUGGAAACAGAAACUACAACUAAAAUUAAUUUAACUACAGAGACACUAACAUCAUUGAUAACUCAAGAGACUUUAGAAAUAGACAAUUCUAAAACUGAAACCACAACAGAGUGUGUCGAAUCAUGCGUAAAAUAUAAUGCAUCGACAAUGAAUUUACCACCUGAUACCCCAACGGUUUUACCCACUGAUACAAGUAGCAGUAUAGUAAUAAUACCUAGACCUACAACAGAGUCGACGUUGCUCCUUGAAGAAACAACUACAUCGGUCCCGACGAUGACAACACCAACUGUAAAAACCACUGAAACUGAAACAACAACGAAAACAUUAACUGAAACAACAACAAAACCGUCAAGUGAAACGACAUUAUCAGCAGAAAUCGACACAGUUACAUCUUCUCCAGAAGAUGACGUGCACACAGACAAAAUGUUUACAGACAUUCCCGUAGACGUUACAAAUUACGUCACAUCUACAGUUUCGUCGACCGAGGCAAUGGAAACUACCCCUGGACUUGAUACAACACAGACUUAUCCAACAAUACACUCAGAAUGUACAGAUUUUCUUUGCAAUAAUCACGGAACAUGCAUCAAUGGUUUACACGGUGUAAGAUGUCACUGUUUUUUUAAUUAUGGCGGCCGCUUUUGCGAAGAAGAAAUUGUUAUAACAUCAGCUGCAUUCGAUGGAAUUUCAUUUAUUUCACAUCAAGUUCAGAACUCUACUUCGAUAGCAAUACAAUUCAACGCGAAAACUCUCAUAACUGAUGGGCAAAUAAUGCACGUAGACAUAGUAAAAGGGGCUUAUAUGAAGCUUUUUAUGAACUCUGGUUUAUUGAAGUUCGAAUUUUCCUGCGGUUACCAAACAAUGUUAUUGAGUGAACUAAAAACUUAUGUUAAUAAAGGAUAUCUCAUGAAGAUUGAAACAAGGUUGGAUCUAUAUUUGAAGGAAAACCACUGCAACGGUACUCUACGUCUCAACGACACCGUGGCUAUGAGCGGAGGACAAGUCGCUAGAAUCACAUCUCUCGACAAAAACACUGUUAUAUUCUUUGGAAAUGUGCCAUACACUAACAAUUCAGAGGACAAAGCAUUCGUUGGAUGUAUAAAGGAUUUAAUUGUCAACGGUGAAAAGCGCGAUAUAUUUGGCGACGCCUCCGACGCAGCCGAAGUGACUGAAUGUUCGUCUCUGUCCUGCCUUUCAUCUCCAUGCCUGAACGGAGGCACGUGCAGCGACCGAGGUGACAGCUUCGCUUGUUCCUGCGCUAAUGGUUGGAUGGGAGAUCAUUGCAACCAAUCUGUAUGUGAACAUAAUCCCUGCCAGUCCGGUGGCAGCUGUGUUCGACAUCCAGGAAGUGGUUUCUUAUGCGUAUGUCCUUUUGGCAAACAUGGAAUAUUUUGCGAGUAUAAUGUUGAAAUUACUCGUCCAUCAUUAUCACCAAUAUCAUCAGGCAUAUCUACGUACGUAACGUACCCUCUAGCUUCUACCGCUAUAAACUCUGAUCGAUUUGACCUGCGUCUUCGCUUUCAAACUGCGGACAUGGAUCAAAUAGCUCUGUUGGCGUACAUUGGGCAAAAUGGCAGACACGACUCCAGAAGUCAGCACAUUGCUCUAACCUUCGUGAAGGGUUACAUCAUGUUAACUUGGAAUAUGGGAAGUGGUCCGCGGCGCGUGUUCACGUCCCGCGCGCUGGGCACCCGGCGCGGCGGGCACGCGGUGCGCGCGUGGCGGCGCGGCCGCAGCGCCGGGCUGGUGGUGGACGGACGGUUCAACGUCAGCGGGAACGCGCCCGCCGGCCGCGCCAACAUGACCCUCUUGCCAUACAUAUACAUUGGUGGUCACCCAUCCGAGAAUUUUCACGAUCUGCCCCAUGACCUACCACUGCACAGUGGAUGGCGCGGUUGCAUUUGGGAGGUGGGGGGUCAAGCGGUGGGAGGGAGUGCCGUAGGAGGGCGUGGAGUUGGGCAAUGUGGGGUCGCGCAGUGCACGGCCAGGUCAUGCAAUGCACCACGUGGAGUUUGCAUACAGUCUCCUGCAACUUAUGGAUGUAUUUGCAAUGAAGGUUGGUACGGAGCAACGUGUGCACGCAAUCGAAGUCUUUGCGACAGCGCCCACUCGCAUUGCAAGGGGGUGUGCGUCAUCACCCUUGAUGACGCGCAGUGUGACUGUCCAUACGGGAAAACUGGAGCCAAUUGUGACCAAGAUUUAAUUCCGAUGGACUUAUUAUUUUCUGGAACAAGAUCUUAUCUAACGCUGCACCCUAGGUCGAUAUCCAGCGUCAGUUUGUCUCUGGAAGCCGAUAUUAAGCCGACAAAGGAGCGAGGACUUGUGAUAUUCGUGCAAACUCCUCAUUUUUACACCUCCCUGUCAUUGCAAGGAGGACUGCUUGAGUAUCGAUGGACAGACCAGUUGUCGGGCUUGACGUCGCUGGUGCGUUCGGGCGUGGUGCUGUCACUGGGUCACUGGCACCGCGUGCGUGCGGGCCGCUACGGCAACCGCCUGUACGCGUGGGUGGACGGCGCGCUCAACACCGAGCCCAUGCUGGCGCACGCCUACCCGCACACCGCCAGCCUAGCCGCAGUCCUCAUAGGUGGAGCGAAAGACCUCUCGACUCUACCCUUCGACGUGAUGUCCGGGCCGCCGGAGUCUUACAGCGGAUGUUUCAGAAACUUCCAAGUUAACAACAUAGCGAUACCACUCGAGCAACAGAAUAUAGCAGAAGGUCAGAAUGUAGGCGCGUGUGAGGGCAGCGCUUGCAGCGCGGGAGCGGGUAGCGGGCCGCGGUGCCGGCGCGCCGCGUGCCGCCCGCAGCAGUGUGGGUCGGGGCGCUGCCACCGCGGCCGCUGCAUCUGCCCCGCGGGCCAAGCCGGGCCACGCUGCGAGCAGCUCUUAGUAAUGCCUGACACCUAUCCAGACAACGAACAAGACGUUCCGAUGAAAAUAUCGAAGUCGUACUAG